CCACCCGCCCCCCAAAUAGGGAACCGAGCAGCUAAUCGUUUCUCUCCCAGCUGCCACUGGGCGCCACUUCCUUCCAGGUCUUUCACCAUUUCCUCUCCUCCUCCUCACCCUUUCUCCUUCACUCGUUCCUGCCCCAUCCUGCAGCAGAGGGGCUGCCACGUGCUGGUCCUGGGCUCAGACCCCCCCCACACCCCAGCCCCCAGCCCCACCUGCAGGCUGGUCUUUGCGCGUCCGGCGCGUUUUCCGUCCCCUCUGCUCCGUCCCCGUCCGCCGAGCCCCGGCCCGGGACGAGGGAGCCCAGACACCAUGGCCGUAUCGGGGGCCUGGCCCCAGCCGAAAAUCCGGCCUACACUCCUGCUUCUCCUGGUAGCUGCAGCCUGUGCACAGACGUCACCCAAAGGGAAGGAGAUGGCCAGCCCAGGGACCAGUGAGGAAAGCCGGCACAUCAGUACCGGUCCGGAAACUGCCUCGCCCACUGCCGAAUUAGCCAGCAACAGCUCCGAGCCUUCUGCCCAACUAGCCAGGAAUCCACCCACCGCGGCACAGCAGGAACCCACCGCCGCCCAGACGCUGGCAACGAAGGGUUCAGCUGGGCCAGUGUCUCCAUCUGGCCUUCCCUCUGCGGAGGCGACCGUGGCCCUGAGAUCUGGCCUGGCCGGGGCGACGGCAGCGGGUGGCAAACAGCCCGUCACGGAUCUGAAGCAGGAAGGGCUGAAGCGGCAAGCGGGCACAGUGGCAGGGAGCCCGGGUCCGGGGCAGAAGACUCAGACCGUGCCAGGCAUGGGCGGGCAGAGCACGAGUGCCCCCAUGGAGCCCGCCAAGGGCACCAAUCGGAGCAGGUACAACCAGACCGUGCCAGCCAGCACCGAUCGGACCAGCCGCUACAGGGCCGCCCCAGACCACACCGCUGGGCCCUCGAAGAACCAGCCCACCCCCACACGCUCGCCCCCUGCCCUCUCCCCCACCCCGCCUGCCAAGAAACCGAAGCCCAACUCCGAGGUCUUCACGCCGAUGCCGGCCUCCAGUCCCAGCCCCGUCACCCGCAAGCUGCCCGUGGGCAUCAUUGUGGUGCUGGUGGUUGUCACCAUCGUGGUGCUGGCCCUGCUCGCCGUGGCGCUGCACUGUCGGAGCCGGCGCCGGUCCGGCUCCACCAGCUUCAGCGGGUUGGCGGGGCCUGGUGAGUGGGCGGGGCCGGUGAGCCUGCCGGAGGAGAAGGGCGAGGGGCAGGCCGGGGCUGGGGGGCAGCAGGCCGGGCCGGGUGAAUCCAGGCGGCCCACGCUGACCACCUUCUUCGGGAAGCGCCACUCCCGGGUGUCCUCGGUGGCCAUGGAGGACGUGGCUGGGGCCAAGGGCGAGGGGCCCCUUUCGGAGCCUCUGCUGGCCCCGGGGGAGCAGGGGGGUGACCCUGUGCCGCAGGGGGCAGCGGAGGCCAAUGGGACGGUGCCCGGACCCACCUCGCCCCCUCCGGAUCCCCCCGCCAACGGGGAAUUCCCCCUGCCCCCUCCCAUGGAGCAGGAAGCCUUGCCCCCCGUGUAAGCCCCACCCCUAAUCAACUGCCCCGCCCACGGCGCCCCCUGCUGGGCGAGGCUGGGGAUGGAAUAGCUGGGAGCUCCCCCACAGCCAGUGCCCCCCACCCCA